GAGGCAGCGUUCGGUGAUGGCAGUUGACUCUUGCAACAGCACGAAUCAGUUAAGGGUUUCGAGGCAGUUUGGCAGCUUUAAACUCUUAACAAAUACCGCCUGCUGCGAUUUUAGGUGUCUGUACUUUUUCGAAAGAAAUCGAGUCAUGCUUGUUUGCGCGGCGCUGCUGUUUCCGGUGGUAGCGCUCGCGGCCGCAGCGCGUGGCGCUCUCGUUCGGAGACUAGAUGCCGCGGAGGGGUCGGGGACAGCGCUCCCAGAGAAAAUAGAUCUACUGGAGUUCUUCUCCUGGCAAGCAGCAAACAGCGACACCGUGUCUCUCUCCACUGGGCCUGAUGAAUGUAUGAAUCUGCACAUCGGCCAUUAUGCCACCCUUGCUCUGCCCACUUACCAGGCAUUUGGAACCAGUUUUGCAGAUGAGUUCAGUGUGUUGAUGCAGCUGCGCAGCUCCCAGCAGGAGGACCGCAGCUUGCUGACUGUGCUGAGUCCUCAAGGUCACAUUCUGCUUCAGGUCCGCCUUAGUCCCAGAGCCUUGAACUUCAUCACAACACAGCAGCGCCUCUACGAGUUCCCGGUGGUGUUCCUGUCAGAUGGCGAGUGGCACCAUGUCUCUCUCGCUGUAUCAGUGCUGAGUCUGGCCCUCUAUGUAGACUGCAUGCUGGUGGAAAGUGUGGACUGGACCUACCUAGACUUGGACAUCAUCACCGAUAGCUUGCUGAUGGUAGGAGGCAUCAUUGAGGACUUUGAAACUCCAUUUGAGGGAGAUCUCAGACAGUUGACCUUUGUAAUGGGUGAUCCCAAUGCUGCUAAGGACCACUGUCGCCUCCACCUGCCUGUGUGUAGGAGAUCAGUCAAGACGCCAUGAACCCAUAAGACAUCCCAACCCUUGGAGUUACCUAUACAGUCCUCAUCAUGUAUCCUUAAGUGCUUAAAAAAUGGCAAGAGUAGAACAUGUCAUUCAAUAUUGUAUCUAGAAGGAUUUUGCUUUGCAACACAUGUAAAUUUAGCCGACACAGUGUGCAGCUGUUACCCCAUGUGUGGUAUAGCAUACAAUAACAUACACCCCAUGCCUUACCUUUAAAAACUAAAAGCACAGGAAAAUGAGCAUAAUCAAGUCUUCUAAACUCAUGUUGUGACAUCUAUCAUCUCCUUAGAGCUCUGUGUUUACUGGUUUAGUGAUAGCCUUUAAAGUGGCAUUUUUGGCAUAUUCUCUGCUCAGUUUGACUUAUUUUGUUCCAUCUGGUGUCUUAUGCUGUCCACGAAUGACUUAGAACACUUGAUAAAAUUCUGAAAGCUCCAUUUAUGCAAAUGUCACAUUGAUGUAUGAAAAUUAUUAAAGACCCCUGUUAUAAUUAGGAGUGUAUAGUACAGAGCAUAAUUUUAAAAUGUGUAAUAAAAGUGUUUUUUUGUAUCAGUAUUUUUCAAGUUUCUCAAUGUUUUGAGCUCGUUUGUGUCACGACCAUGCCCGCAUCUCAACCAGUAGCACCUGGCUCCAAUUAAGUACCUGGCAUUAAUCAGCCACUCUGCUUUAAAAACAUCUCUCAGCCCCUGCUCACUUGCGGAAUCUCAUUGAGACAACUGUCCUGUCUGACUCGCCUCGUUCCCCAGUCCCGCUCCACGGCCCAUUCGGAAAACGACCGCCCGCUUUGUCUCACGAAAACGACUUCUGAGCCUUGCCUCUGUCCUGUUCGCUGAUCGACCGAUUCUUUGCCCGUCCCUGACAAAAAGAACACGUCUAAUCCCUUGGUUCUGAAUAAACAAUCCUGCAGUUGGUCUAGC